AUGCAAGUCCGACCACCUGCUGCUACUACACUCUCUUCCUCAAUAGAAUAUCAUGCCCCUUUACCACCUUCAAUCCCACUAUCAUCUAUAAACACUUUAAUCCCGCGGUUGACUACAACCAUCAAUGAUAUUGAUCAUCUAAGGAAUUUGAUCGGGGCUGGAUACGUAGAUGGUUCUUUACCAAGCUGGGAUACGUUACUUCAGAGAUAUUCACUUUUAUUAGGACGUAUAAAUGCUUUAUCAAAUUAUAUCUCACCCCCUUCUACUUUGACGACAACAACAACAACCACAACUUCUUCUUCUUCUUCCUCUGCUACUACUACUACUAAUUUAGCUCCCCCUCCCCCUCCUCCAUUAUCAGGAUACCUAGUACAUCCCCUAAACCCUCUUCCGUCUACAACGAAUACAAAUACGGCGAACGGAGAAAAUGAAGUCAACCCAUUGGCUUUUGAAACUUUUUUUCAAGUUAUAAAUACUCAAUUAAUACCUUCUUUAACUAACUCACAAGAAUCAACUUUAUCAAAUGAUCAAACUCAAACGCAAACGCAAACGCAAACGCAAAAUCAGCAUCAAGGUUCAUCUUCGGCGAAAACAACGACGACACGAUGGCAUACUGCCGACGAACUAAGAGGGAUGGACGAUAGAGCAUUGGAUAUACUCAAGAGAUCAUUGAAAGAUAGAUUAAACAAGGAAUCCAUCAAGAUAGAUGUCAUGAAGAGGGAAAUAGAUAGAAGGGAGGAAGAAAUCGAUUGGACAAUGCGCAUAGACGAAGCUGAGGAAGAAGAUGACAACGAUGACCAGGAUCCUGGAGAGGGUGAAAAUCAAGUGCAAGGUGAUACAGGUGGAGUAUCACAGAUUCAAGAUAAAAAUAAUGAUCAUGAUGACGAUGAUGAGAGCGACGACGAUCUGUUCGGAGGCGAUGAUGACGAUGGCGACGAACCGAUGAUCAUAGAUGUUGACGCUGAAAAAACUGAGAGAAUCGGUACACCGAAACAAGUUGAUGAGGAGGAGAAGAGUGAAGAGAUAAAUUGGAAAUUGGAAGAUUAUGUGAAUUACAUGGAUAGCGGUAAGAUACCGUCGAAUAUAUGA